AACUAAACUCGAGAUUGGAAGGGUGCAGUUGACUCUCUGGCAGGAUCCAGGAUUGGAUCCCGGCGACCCAACACAGUGUCUGGCAUGUGAGACACCUGCAGGAAGUGUUUGGAGGAAGAAAGGAAGAUAAGAAAGGGAAAAGCGAUAGGAGGAAACCGGGCAGCUCAUCAUUUUCAGGAGCACCUUUUGCAGGGUCUGACUGACCUCCCAACUCACAAGGUUUAGAGCAGCUUGGGCAGAUGUUGAAUAAUUCUGCACCUGUUCCUAUCACCGCUCUGCCAUGCUCCCUUCCUGGAUUCGCUAUUGAGAAGCGCAUCGGCAAGCUGAGAACGGACAGUAGCAGUCUUGUUUUGGUUUAAUGCCAUAGGUACAAAAGCUGCCACUGCUGUGAGGUCUCCUGCCUUGGAUCCAGCUCUCUCCCCAGCACGGAUGAUAAAUUAACAUUACGUGCUACUGAAAGGACUCAUCUACGCAGGCUUCUCCAUCAUGUCUGAUGAUACUUUAUCAUCAAGAUCCUCACCUCCUGGCUCUCCCAAGGCUUCCAAGUACUCCAGACGGGCACCUUCCCCAUCAGAGGACAGCCAAUCAGAGGACGAUGAGAGUUCACAGGACGAAUCUCUGUCUGAUGCUGAGGAUGAGUCUACAGAGUGUACGGAUGAAUUAGACACUCUAGACUUUGGGGAUGAUGAGUCUGAGGAGGAGUACCUGGAGGAGGAUGAGGUUUUAGAUGAGGAAGCAGUGUUGCAAAGGGAAACGUAUCUGCUUCAAGCAGCACAUAUGGAAGAGACUGCAUAUCUAAAAGAAAAGAGGCUUCGGAGGCAUCUGGAAGAUGGGUCUGCCUAUGGAUCCCUCCCUCAAUUCAAGAUAGAUACCACAUCAAGCCUGCUCGAUGUUAAUGCAAGAAGCCCAGUUCCAAGUAUCUCUCAAGGAACCCAUCUGAGUAGCUCUUCUUCCGGCUCCACACAUGACCUGAAGACUCCCACAUCUUCUUACUACAGUUUGCCAGGAAUCUCCGUCACCCUAAGAGAUCAGAGCAGUCAGACAGAAUGGGCCUACAAGAGCAAGUCAGGACUGUCCUUAAAAUCCAAAACAAGACUGGAUCAAGACUCCUCCAUGUUAAUCUACUCUAAAUCUGACUUGGAAGAAUCAGACAGCUUCCAUCCAGAGGCCUUUUGGGACACACUCAUGAAUGAACCUUUCAGCAAGCAGGAAGAGAGAAGCUUUGAAUCUCUCCCCAGCACCUAUCAGUCUGUGUUCAGGGAGAUCCUCCAGGAGUUAGCAAUCCAGGACGAACUGGAAGAUGACAUGGAAAUAUCCCUGAGUAAGCUGAUGGAAGAUGAAAACAGGAAGAAACUGGGAGCCUUGUUGAAGAAAAAUUUUGAAAAAUACAAAGAACCAAUUAUGUGGAUUUUGAAACAAUGUGAAGCUAUGGAGAUUAUCCCAGAGCAGACCAUCACCAUCACAUACCUAAUAUCAACUCUGCAACAGCCAGAGAAGCCUGAGGAAAAGGUAUUCGUAAGCCAUCCCUCUCUCUCGAGAUUACAUCUAGACCACAGAUGGGCACAGGCAAGGAUGAAGGUACAUCAAAGUGAUGGGAAACUGGCUGCCUACCACAGUGGGAAGAGCUUCCAUGUUUUCUUUCCUAAUGGCACAGGCCAGAUAUACUAUCCAUCAGGGAACCUGGCUCUGCUCAUCUCCUGCGAAGGAGUCGAAAAACUUACUUACAUUGUUCUGGAAGACUCUGUCCGUAAAAACAUCCGAGGCCUUGUUACCAACUCUGGCCAUGCCACCUUCUACAAUGAGGAUGGAGGGAUCUGGUUGAGCCUGAGCAAACUCCUGGGCUAUUAUUUCCCCAAAGGCAAGCGGCAGAAGGCCUGGAACUGGUGGGACCUGAGCUUGCACGUGCAUGCACCCCCCUUCAUGUGCAUCACUUUGAAACUCAACAAGUACAUCCGUGUGCAAAUAAGGAGCCAGGACAAGGUCAUCUUCUGCUUCCUGGCUCCCAAACAGAGGCAGAUUUGUUUAAACAUGGGCACCAAGUUCAAGCUUAUUAACCCAAAUGUGCAUCAAGCCUUGAUGCAGAAGGUGGUCCUGGAGACAGACCCCCGCCCAACAUCAUGGAAGAUCCACUUCCUUCUGGAAAAAAUCACUAGGAGUCUGAGUUUCCUGACGCUGUCUGAUUUGGAAGACUUCAUAGCAGUGGCCCAGGACUCACACCUAUCACAGUUCAUCCUGGCGCCCUCUGGAAGACUGUCUCAGCCACUAAGCUGCUGCUGACAUUGUACAAGUCACAUCUGAAGAACAGAACACUCAUGCCAGGCUGGGGUUGAAAUAGAAAACCCUCGCUCGAGGACCCCACUGUUUCUGCACUG